GAGACAGAGCGCUCGGGCUCCACGGCGCUCGGCCGGCCCGCAGUCCUCUGACCGCGCGGAGCGGAGCCAGGUGGCGCCGCCCGAGCCCAGAGCCGCGACCCACCCCGGCCGCCUUUGUCUGGGAGCGUGUGGCCUGGAACCGCCGCUCUCGGGGGCCGGGCACGCGCCCACCGCGGUCGGUGACAGCUCGUCCCUCUCGGAGGGCUCCGGGACCGAGGGGCGGGCGGGCCGGGCCCUGCUCGCUCGCGCCUGCACGCCCGAGCGCGCGCACCGAUGCCCCCGCAGCAGGGGGACCCCGCAUUCCCGGGCCGUUGCGAGGCGCCGCCCGUUCCGCCGCGCCGGGAGCGCGGGGCGCGCGGGGGGCGCGGGCCCGGGGCGCCGGGGGGCCGGGGGCGCGCGGGCGGUGCCGAGGGGCGCGGCGUCAAGUGCGUGCUCGUCGGCGACGGCGCCGUGGGCAAGACGAGCCUGGUGGUGAGCUACACCACCAACGGCUACCCCACCGAGUACAUCCCCACCGCCUUCGACAACUUCUCGGCGGUGGUUUCUGUGGACGGACGGCCUGUGAGACUCCAGCUCUGUGACACUGCCGGGCAGGAUGAGUUUGACAAACUCAGGCCCCUCUGCUACACCAACACGGACAUCUUUCUUCUGUGCUUCAGUGUGGUGAGCCCCUCAUCCUUCCAGAACGUCAGUGAGAAGUGGGUGCCCGAGAUCCGAUGCCACUGUCCCAAAGCCCCCAUCGUCCUCGUUGGAACUCAGUCGGAUCUCAGAGAAGAUGUCAAAGUCCUCAUUGAGCUGGACAAAUGCAAAGAGAAGCCGGUGCCUGAAGAGGCAGCUAAGCUGUGCGCCGAGGAGAUCAAAGCCGCCUCCUACAUCGAGUGUUCGGCCUUGACUCAGAAAAACCUCAAAGAGGUCUUUGACGCGGCCAUUGUCGCCGGCAUUCAGUACUCAGACACUCAGCAACAGCCAAAGAAGCGCAAAAGCAGGACUCCUGACAAAAUGAAAAACCUCUCCAAGUCCUGGUGGAAAAAGUACUGCUGUGUCGUAUGAUGUUGGCAAGAAACCCGGAAAAGGCAGUUUUUAGAUGAAGCCGAUAUUAGAAGCUAUAUUAGCUGACGUGACUCCUUUUAUCGUGUAGAACCUGGAGAGGCGUGUAUGCGUGUAACAGGUGGAGCUCUCAGUUUAGGUGUUCUUUCUUGCCUUCGACGGUUUUGUUUGUUUCAGCUUAGGGACCAGCCAAUUAUGCAAGAUAUUUCUGAAGGGAGUUGAGCAAUGUUCCUAACUCUGGAAAAGUAGAGCUCCGAGACCUCGGGAUUAAUUUAUAGCUAAUAUGAAAGAGACCCGCUCGGAUGUGGGUGUCAAGGAUGCGACUUGGCCGCCUUAUGAUGCGCAGAAGGACCAAUGGCGAAAUGGUGUGGUCGACCCUCCCUUGAUUAAGGGCUACUCGAUGUAAGGACGUUCCAGACGCGGGCCGGCCAGGGAGCACCCGUCAGAAUUGCGUUUCAACGUCCACACUUACAUUGUCCUGCCUGCAGGGAAGUGAACAUUCUUGAAGGGCCUGCAGCAAAUGUUUGUAGGAGACACAAUGACCUUUAUUUCCCUUAAGUCAGCCAAAAUGUGUACACGCACACGCACACGCACACGCGCACGUACGUACGGCUAUAUUUGCUGCUGAUUCAGACUUUUAAACGGUUAAUGGGAAAAAGCACGGCCACGAGAAAACAGAUAUGAGGGAAGCUCAGGUUCCUGCUUUUGUGACUUUUUUGAACAGCUCUCUUUUUGAUGAUACCCUACUCAGAGAUGGGAUUUUAAUUACGUCUCGACGCAUCUUUGAGGCCACCUGAAAACCAAACGUGAACAUCUCUUGAAACCCGUUUUAAAAUGGGUGUCUCUUGAAACCCGUUACGACAACCAGUGAAGUCCACAGAUGCCUUUCAGGGACCUGGCAGCAGGGCCCGGCGCUGUGUGUCACCGGGCUCGUGGGGCCGGUCGGCUGCGGCCGGCCUGGGGGGGGGGGGGGCGGUGGGGGGGGGUGGGGGUGGGUGGACCACAGCCCCCUCGCGAAGCUGCAUCCUUCCUGUGGGACAGCCAGAAAACCAUAUGCUUGUGAACCAUUUGUGUUCUUCAAGGUGGCGGAUUUUUUUUUUUUUUAAAUUUUUUUUUCAACGUUUAUUUAUUUUUGGGACCGAGAGAGACAGAGCAUGAACGGGGGAGGGGCAGAGAGAGAGGGAGACACAGAAUCGGAAACAGGCUCCAGGCUCUGAGCCAUCAGCCCAGAGCCCGACGCGGGGCUCGAACUCACGGACCGCGAGAUCGUGACCUGGCUGAAGUCGGACGCUUAACUGACUGCGCCACCCAGGCGCCCCGAGGUGGCGGAUUUUUAGAGCUUAGUCUUCUGGAGGAAACAAGUACCGUAUCAGAAGAAUAGUUUUCCUUUUGUGAUGGCGGUGCUUCCGAAGUGCCAAAAAGGGUAGCCUGGCGCGUUGAAUUAUCACGUCCGGCUGCAGUGGGUGACACAGAUUCACCAAAGUCGGCUCAAAAACUAGGGAAAAGGUCUGCAGAGCCAGCGGAGAGAAGCGUCUCCUCUUUCCGUGGGUCCUGCGUUGUCUUUUUUAUGUUUAACAAAACUAAUUUGUGUUUUUCUACGGAAGAAAUAAAAGAUCGGGCCGGGGCUUCUUUCGCCUCUGUUCGUAAAUCAAAUGAA